AUGCUACUCGGAGGCGUCUUAGCACUGCUAGGACAGGGGCUACUGGUGAAGGCGCUGGUGGGCUGCUUCAAGGAGAAAGGCGUGAUCAUCAUCGCGCUGAUCGCCAGUCUGAUGAAGACGGGCGGCUUUGCCGGUGCCGCGUUUUACCCGCACAAAUGGGUCGUAUUCCUGUCGUUCGUCCCUGGCUGCAUCGGGGACCUUACGUUCCCAGCUAUAUCGGCACUCAAGUCGAUGAAUGUCUCGGAGAAGGAGCAAGGACGUCUACAAGGCGCAAUUUACGGCGCUCGGUCGAUUUUUGACGCAAUCGGCCCCAUCGUCUUCUCCUCGCUGUACGCUGCGAUGACCCGGCAGUCGCUUCUGUCUGAAGCUCUCCCGUACAUCGUUGCCUCGUGCGUCUACGUCGUCGGGAUUGUAGUGGCUCUCUCGCUACCCGUGAGCAAGACGUCUCCUUCGCCGAGCGACAUCGUUGUUGAACCUGCUCCAUUGCCGCCACCGGUGUCGGAUGAAACUCCGGCUUUGGCUUCCGUGUACUUCGAGACUGACAAGGGUGAAGUGGAAAAGGGCGAAAGAGUGGAGUAUGCCAGCAGCUCCGUGCUGGAUGACGACCAAUUGCUCUCUGAGCCUUUGCUAGGAGCGAACUCCUCUGAAGUGUAA